UUCCUGCGCGCUCUUUUCUCCUGCCUUUCUCUUCUCCAAUCUCACUCUCCGGGUUGUGCACACAGGGCACAGCCUUCUUUCACCUUUCUCCUGCAGAAAAGCACGUUACUGGAGCAAGAUUAUAUCAUCAUUAAUGCAAAUCGUAUAGGGAUGCGAUCAAUGAUGUUCCUGUCUCUACUGCUGUGUGCCAUCUGUCCCUUUGUCCUGCUGUCCUCUGCUGUCCCUGCACCACGAACAGAUGAAACAAUGCUCUUGAACGUUACAAUCCCUAAAAGCCCUCCUGUGUCUGCCAUUCUGGGAGCUUCCUUAACUCUGCAGUGCCUUGUGUCACUGCCACCAGUGUCCAUCUUGGGCCGCUCGGCUGGGCAUACCAAUCCACGGAUAAAGUGGAGCAAAUUUUCCUCUGGACGAGAGACAGAGAUUCUUGUAGCACGAGGGGAGAGGGUGAAAAUCAGUGAGGCUUAUAAAGGUAGGGCCUCUCUUCCAAACUACGACUCUUCCCCAGAUGAUCUCACACUCCAGCUGGACAGCCUGAGACACAAUGAUACAGGAGUCUACCGCUGUGAGGUCCAGCAGGGAUUGGAGGAUGCUCAUGAUCUGGCUCAGAUCAAAGUAAAAGGUGUUGUGUUUCACUACCGACAUGCUUCCAGCCGCUACGCUUUCUCUUUUGAUGAAGCCAAGAAUGCAUGUGAAGACAUUGGAGCUCGGAUUGCCACACCAGAGCAGCUUCUGGCAGCAUACUACAGUGGCUAUGAGCAAUGUGAUGCCGGUUGGUUAGCAGAUGGGUCUGUCAGAUAUCCUAUCCAUACACCACGUGAGGGCUGUUUUGGAGAUAUGGAUGGCCAGCCAGGGGUCCGGAACUAUGGCAUGUUGGAGACUGAUGAGCUUUAUGAUGUUUAUUGCUACGUUGAGAACAUCCGUGGAAAAGUGUUCUAUGGAUCUACUUCAAAGCGAUUCACACUGUCUGAGGCUAAAGCAUAUUGUGAGCAUCAGGGUGCACAAUUAGCCAGCACAAGCCAGCUGUAUGCUGCAUGGAAUGACGGUCUUGAUCACUGUAGCCCAGGUUGGCUAGCUGAUGGCAGUGUACGCUAUCCUAUUGUAAACCCACGAGAGCGGUGCGGAGGGCCUGAACCUGGAGUUAAGACAGUUUAUCGCUACAGCAAUCAGACAGGCUUUCCUGAGCCUCUCUCUCGCUACGAUGCCUACUGCUUCAUGGGAGAGCUUAGUUCUCAGACAGUCCACCCAUUGGAUUACCUGGCCACAGAGCCAGAGGACAUUGCCCAGGACAUUGUGACUUUACCUGACAAAGAGGAAGAGUUCAGUUCAGGUCAUGUGACUCAGAAGACAGAAAACGAGGCACAAGGAGCUGUUGAGAUUGUCUCAUUCUCCAGCAAACACAAAGAUAAAACAGAGCAGCAUGACCCCACACCAUCCCCAUUUGAUAAAGUUUAUUCAACCACUACUAGCAGAAAUAUUAUCACCACUCCAUCAGUAUACGGACAGAAACCUGAGCCGACUCAGAGCUCUUGGCAAGAAGUGCUCAUGAAACCCAUUGACUCUGAACUAGUUCCAAAGAUACACCUGCAGCCCAGCUGGAAUCAACCAAAGUCAGCAGAAGACCAAGAUAAAGAGAAUACAACAGCCGAUUCAGAAGUAAAGACUGAUCAUCAUUCAGUCUAUCAGCCGAUGCCAGACACCAUCCUGGAGCCAGGAGAGCAAGUGGAAUACCAAACAUUUACAGAAAGUAAACAAAGCACAACAUUUGACAACUUGGAGCCACUGUAUGAGUUUACAGAGAUAAGAGGAUAUAAAUUAAUGCUUGAGACCAAACAUGAUGAUCAAAAUGGAAGCCAUGUGGUUGAACAUUCAACUGUAGAAGCACAAGCAAGUAACGUCACAUUGGGACAAGAAACAGAUGUCAGUGUGGACUUCAGAACUCCAAAGUCUUCUUCUGAAAUUAGUGAGGGAUCAGGAAGCGAAAUGACCACAGUACUUGCAGGGAAGUUUAACACUAACCUCACCCUGAGUCAAGAAGAUUUGUAUGAACAUACUUCGGCUGAAACUAGCACAGAGAUUUCUUUGCUGGAAGAUAUAAGUCACCCUACACUGAGUUUUCAGCACAGUCUUGAGCAAUCAGUUGCACCAGACACUACUAGUGCUAUAAAUCAAGUGGAGCAAGAAACAGGGCAUACUUCAGCUGAAACCCCAAUAGUGUCUCUCAGUUCAGUUGAUAAUGACAGUGAGUCAGAAUUCACUGCAACACCAGUAUAUUUAUCUGAGAAUCAAACAGAGCCCAUUGAUGGUUCCGGUGAUGAUGACAAUGUACUAUUGCUAACUCGUCAGACCACACAAGCUCCUCACUUGUCAGAUACAUCCAUUUCCCCAAAGUCAGUGGAUAUCAGGGACUCUCCUGUUACAGAGAGCAGUACUCCAUCUGGCAUCAGCAUCAUGAAGGAGGAGGUGAACACCAUGACAACAACUCAGCUGACUGAAACCAAGACAAUGUCAGACAAAGACCACAUUGGCUAUGAAGAUAACUCAUCAGGAACAGAAAACUCUUCUGGAGAUGGAUCUUCAGUCACAGACCUUCCCUAUGCCAGUGCCAGUCCAAUCAUACCCUUCAACUCCACAUACCUGCUUCUCCUGAACACAACAAAGGAUAACAAUACUGAAAAUGUUUCCAGCACCACUCACUUUGCAGUGGAGGUUACACUGAUCCCAGACAUGACCCUAACACCAAUCUGGGACACUGUGACUUCUCCAACUCCACCACAGGAGUUCCGGUCAGAUGUGGAGAUCAGCGGUGAUCCUCCAGUAACCACAGACGAUCCUGACUCCUCAGGCGAAUCAGACUCUACUGCAGUUCCCAUAACUGAGAACCCUGAUGAGACACAUAGUCUGACCACCUCCAUGGCAACCAAUGUCAAGGAACAUGGAGAUCAAGACCUGACUGCCACAACAGAAUCUCCAAACAGAAAGGAAGAGGAUGAACUAACAACCCUAACUCGUCAUACAUCGUUACCACCCAGACCAACUGAUAUUGUGCUGGACAGAACAGGCAUAUCAGAUGGCUGUCUGGAGAAUCCAUGUGCUAAUGGAGGCACCUGUGUAGACAUCAGUACUAAUGUCAAGUGCCUGUGUCUGCCAAGCUAUGGGGGAGAAUUCUGCCAAAUUGAUCUGGAGCAGUGUGAGCCAGGCUGGGAAAAGUUCCAGGGCAACUGUUAUAAACACUUCUCAAAACGUCAGAGCUGGGAGGUGGCAGAGCAGCACUGUCGGAUGAGUGGCGGUCACCUGGUCUCUGUUAUGUCAUCUGAAGAGCAAUCAUUCAUCAACCAUAGGUACAGGGAGUACCAGUGGACUGGUCUUAAUGACAGGACCAUUGAGGGUGACUUCCGCUGGUCUGAUGGAAACCCGCUGCUAUAUGAGAACUGGUAUCGUGGUCAGCCUGAUAGUUAUUUCCUAUCAGGAGAGGACUGUGUGGUGAUGGUAUGGCAUGAUGAUGGCCGCUGGAGUGAUGUGCCUUGUAACUACCAUCUGUCCUACACUUGCAAGAAGGGCACCACUGUAUGUGGGCAGCCACCUCUUGUAUUGAAUGCUAAGCAGUUUGGUGUACGACAAAGUCGAUAUGUGAUAAAUGCUCAGGUGCGUUACCACUGUGAAGAGGGUUUCCUUCAGAGACACAACCCCAUCAUCAGGUGCCAACGCAACGGACAGUGGGAGGAGCCACAGAUCACCUGUACACCACAACCAGUGGAUUUAAAUAGAAAACAAGAUUCUUUGCACUCUGCAAAGAACGACGAAGCCACUGAUAAAGCAAAACCAAAAUGGUUGAGCUUUUAAACCAACCAGCUUCUUCAUUUUUUCCUUUCGCUGCUCCAAUACCUUUCCUUUAAGAGACCUGCAUUACUCAUCAUUCAUACUGUCGGUGUUUCAGACAAAACUCGCAUUGUCUACUCCAGUCAUCAUAUUUUAUUAUACAACAUUUCUCUUUCUGUAGAAAAUGAAAAACACUGAAUUACAUGUUUUGUAAUUCUAUGACACAAAAAACAUAAAAUUCACCCAAAUUGUAAGUAAAUACAGAUCAUGGUUUCCAAACAAUAGAGGUAAAUUUUAUGGCACUAGCAGAAACUGCAAAAUGCAAAUACUAUUUAACCUCAGCUGGUCUGAAUUAAACUGUUGCCACCUCUCAUAAAGAAUCAAUUUCAUCUCACUAAAAGUGCCCAAUACUGCCACCUGAUGACAGAACAUAGACAGUGAAAGGGUAAACAGAGGAAACAAAUCCAGAUCAUUUUAAGUAACUUUGCCUUACAGUAUAUUUACAGCCACGUUAGCUUUUUCGUGACCUCUGACUGUAAAAUCCUCAUCCACAGAACUUGACAUGUAAUCAAAACCAUUCCUUCAGCAUGAAAUAGGGAUUUAAUACAAUUCAUACAACAUCCAUUUCCUUUAAGGAAAUGUGGAAGAAGAAGGUUAGCAGUGGCAGGCCUUGGGUUAUUACAUUUAAACCCCAGAAGUGGCAGCUGUCAUACUGAUGUUUGCACACAGUAAAUCAUGUGAUUCCCAGCCAUGCAGAAUAUGUUUAGAAUCAACCCAUUUGGUGUAUAGAAAUCUAUUUCCAGAAUUUAUUUACAUCAUUUGGUUAAAAUCUGAGGACCAGGAAUCAUCUAAUCUGGCCUACCGGUUCCCAGACAACAUGCUAGUUUUACUGUAGUCUUGUACAUCUCUUGAUUGAGAGCCUCUAUUUUUUUA